CUUUAAUUCCAGAAAGAAAGUAACCGGGGUGCAGUCACACUGCAGCUGUUGAGCAGCCCCUAGCCUAGCUAGAUGUACGUGUGUGUGCGGACUUGUCCCUCUUGCUGAACGUGUGUUUUUGCGUUUAUGGGGACUGGGGGUUAAGACCCUCCUCUUAUAGGGUUAUUGUUUUUGUGGACUAGGGAAUUGAGACCCUCAUCACGUCACGCUGAGGGGUUGUCUGUCUGUGUGUGGAGGGGGUUAUUCUGUGUGUGUGUGGAACCUAGCUCCAAGCUGGCAGAUCGGGAGGACUCAGAUUGCUCGGAUCAGAUGAUCCAUCUUCAGCUGACCGUCUCAGGGGACUGGCCAGCACCCUGUAACUCCCAGCGGGUGGAGAUGCCCAGGAGAGAGAUAGAGGUGGUGAAGGGUCAGAUGGUAGUCCUACAGGCCUGGUACAGCCCCACAUCUGAUAUUGGCAGGAACAGCGUCAUCUGGAACUUCAUGGCCAACGACUCCAAGCAGGUCAUCUCCUACAGUAAUGGUGAGCCAGGGAUAGGUAGUCCUGAGUUCAGGAAGCGUGUUGGGUUCAGCCUGUCCAUGCCCUCGUCCAAUCUCUCCAUCUACAUCAACAACACCCAGGAGUCAGACUCAGGACGAUACCUCUGCAAUGUCAUCAUCCCUGGAGCCGCCGGUCUCUCUGGAGAAAUGCGCCUUAAUGUCAAAGUCCCUCCCUCGCCUCCAGUGUGCACGAUGACUGGGUCAUCUGUGCUGAAUGGCAAUGUGACACUGAGCUGUAAAUCCAGUUCGGGCAAACCCAUCCCUCAUUACAAAUGGACCAAGAAUGCCCCCAUGUCAGAGGUCUUCUUUUCCCCCAUGCAGAAUGAGAGGCAAGGUACCCUCAGGUUGAGUAACCUCACUAAGAGCAUGUCAGGGAAAUAUGUGUGCCGAGCUAGCAACACUGCCGGUUCUGACACUUGCUCUAUCAACCUGGAGGUCUUCACCUCCUCUAAUUCUGGAGCGAUUGCUGCUGCUACUCUGGGGUCCAUCAUGGGACUGGUAGCCAUCAUACUCUUCCUCAUCUUCAUGCUGAGGAGGAGAGACCACGAAGAGGAGGAGAUAGCCAAUGAUAUCAAGGAGGAUGCCCAGGCACCCAAGCGUGUUUCCUGGGCAAAGAGUGGCACAGGCUCAGACAUCAUCUCCAAAAAUGGCACGCUGUCAUCCAUAGCCACGAGCCCCCAUCCGGGAGACCCCCAGCAGCUCAAAAACUUCCCCUACCCCACUGCACCGGCCUCUGACACAGGCUCUGUGCUCAACGCCUACCGCCUUCGGCCUGGAGAGCUCAACCCCCUGCAGGGCCUCCCAGGGUACAUCAGUGGCACACUUCCACCCAGGCACACCAGACCCCUCUGUGUUGCUAACAACAUUGAUGCCACCUAUCCACAAGGGCACAGUCGACCCCCCAGUUCUAACCACAUCAGUGGGACUCCACCCCCUGGCCACACCCGGCUCCUCAGCACUAGUAUCAUUGUUGACACUCCUCCCCAUGGGUUCAGUCAACCACCCAGUUUUAACCAUGUUGGUGUCACCUCUCCACAUGGGUACAGCAGACCCCAUAGUUCUAACAACAUUGGUGCCCCCUCCCCCCAGGGGCACAGUCGACCCCCAAGUUCUAACAAUAUCGGCGCCCCCUCUCCACACAGGCACAGCCAACCUCCCAGUUCCAACCACAGCCGACCCCCCAGCAUCAGUAGCAUGCCUCACUAUGGACACAGCAGAUCCUCCAGUUCUAACGGUGCCCCACUUCAUUCCCCACCUGGAUCCCAUUCCCCACCUGGCCACAAGGUCACAGACCCCGACAAGACUGAGGGGGCCCAGCCCCAGGUACCACGCCCUCUCACCUCGCCCAUCAGCUCCGCCACCCUGGCCCGUAUGGGUGCUGUGCCCGUCAUGGUGCCCGCUCAGAGCCAGGCUGGAUCACUGGUAUAGCCCACUGGAGGAUCUCCCGUUUUACUACUGAACACAAAAAACUGAAGCAAAUGGAUAAAGACUUCCUCAAAGGAACAUUGCAUAGAGUAGAGAAGGAUUUGCUUGGAAUUAAAAACACUUUUUUAUUGUGAUCGUUCAAAAUUAUGUUCAGAGUAGAAAGAAUAGCUCAUGCUGAAGAAGACACUUGUGGAAUCCCCUGUAUUCAAGUCUGCACAAGUUCAAAGACUUAAUUGAUUUGUUUUGAUUAUUUUAGCUGUUUUCAAAUCUUUUGUGCUAAAUGUUUUUGCUUUUAUUUGCCAUGCUCAGAUUCUUUAAGGUUAAAACAAGGCCUAUUCUAUAUUCUUUAAGGCCUUUUAUAAACUGGGUGGUUCGAGCCCUGAAUGCUGAUUGGCUGACAGCCGUGGUAUAUCAGACCGUAUAUCUUUUUACUGCUCUACGUUGGUAACCGAUUUAUUAUAGGAAUAAGACACCUUGGGGGUUUGUGGUAUAUGGCCAAUAUACCACGGCUAAGGGCUAUAUCCAGGCACUCCACUUUGCAUCUUGCAUAAGAACAGAUAGUCUUGGGAUAUUGACCAUAUACCGCACCCAGCCCCCCCCCCCCCCCCCCCCCCAAGGGGCUUAUUGCUUAAUUAUUCUCUAAAACACUUUUGUAGCAAGUUGUUUGUGAAGAGGUUGUUGAAUCGGUAUGCAGUGCAUUUGGAAAGUAUUCAGACCCCUUGACUUUUUCCACAUUUUGUUAUGUUACAGCCUUAUUCUAAAGUGGAUUAUAUGAAAAUGUAUCCU